AUGGGCUCCUCCCCGCCGCCGGCCACCGACGACGACCGCUACCAAGACCCGAUGUGGGAGAGGCGGACGCACGCGAGGAUCCUGGUCCGCGACGCCGACGCCGGCCGCAUCAUCGGCAGCGCGGGGUCCUCCAUCGCCGCCAUGGAGAAGGAGGCCGGCUCCGGCGCCCGCAUCACGCUCUCCGGCAGGGACCAGAUCCUCGCCGGCACCGACCGCCGCGUCGUCUUCCUCUCCGGCCCCUUCCGCGCCGUCAUGGACGCCGCCGACCUCCUCCUCCACAAGACCCCCCCCCGCUACCAGGGCGAGCAGGCGGACAACACGGUGGUGCUGGUGGUGCCCUACGCCUGCUGCGGCGCGCUCAUCGGCAAAGGAGGGACGCUCAUCAAGUGGUUAGCUCAAGAGUCAAAUGCUGGCAUCACGGUCUCACACCACCGACUCUGCUACGGUUUCAAUGACAGACUGGUUAACAUCACCGGGCGCUUGGAACAUCAGCUGCAGGCCAUAUUCCUUAUACUCUCCGAGCUGCUUGACGAUGUCCAAUACUUGUCCUCCUACCAAAGCGUUGGUUUUCCACGUUAUCAUGUUUCAAGCAUUGGGCGUGACGGCGAUGGGCAAGAUGAGCAUGUCGAAAGAUACCACAGCAGGCCCGACACUCCCGUGGGGUCAGCUGACGUCGACGACGGCAGAGACGUACAAGGGACUCUGACCAUCGCUGUCGCGAGUGAGUAUGUGGGCGCCGUCAUUGGCCGUGGUGGGAGGGUCAUCAAGGAGAUCCAACAGGCUACGGGCGCGUUGAUCACGGUGUUCAAGGGGAAGCUCUUACCUGGGAUGAGGGAAAGGUGGGUGGGCACCAACGACAUACAGCAGGGAGGUGGUGAUCAGCGGGACGCGGGAGGCGGUGGAUGCCGCGGAGGCGAUGAUCGCGGAGCACAUCUCGUACGCCAUGGAUCGCCGCGGACGGAAGCAGGGUGGCGAGGGGAGGAGGCCUAG